GUGGAGUUGACCAUUUUAGACAAAGAAAGAAAACCCAACUGAAAACGUUUUAGGCUCAAGGAUUCCUGAUGAUUCUCAGAAGCAGUGUCGCUCAGCUUCAUCAUCAUCAUCAACAACAACAACAACAACGGUAUAAUCAAUUAUCUUGCGCUAUUCCGCGAAAAUCUUCUUCAGAAAACAGUCGCAUCGCGUUCCCAAUCUCUCCACACACCCUCUCUUUGUGUUGGGGUUCCAGAUUAAUAGUUCAUAGGCGUGCAUCGGGAGAGUUUCCUGAUAGGAUUGAUCAGGAUGAACCUCCAACUUAUGCACCGAUUUCACCUCAGAUUCUUGAACACAACACAAGUUUUGUGGAUGUAUUAAAGAAAGCCAACUCUAUAUUGCCUCAAGUAGUUCUUGCUAGUACAAUAUUGGCUCUUGUCUAUCCACCUUCUUUCACAUGGUUUACUAGCAGGUAUUAUGCCCCAGCUUUAGGUUUCUUGAUGUUUGCAGUUGGACUUAACUCAAGUGAAAAAGAUUUUAUUGAAGCAUUCAACAGACCAAAAGCUAUCUUUGCAGGGUAUAUUGGUCAAUUUGUCCUAAAACCAUUCCUUGGUUAUCUUUUUGGCACAAUGGCCAUGACAAUGUUUGGCCUUCCAACUUCCUUAGGUGUUGGGAUUAUGCUAACUUCUUGUGUUAGUGGGGCCCAGCUUUCGAAUUAUGCCACUUUUCUAACGGACCCCAUGAUGGCUCCACUAAGCAUUGUUAUGACCUCAUUAUCCACUGCAACUGCUGUUUUUGUCACCCCACUUUUAUCACUUUUGCUCAUUGGAAAGAGAUUGCCUGUUGAUGUCAAAGGAAUGGUUUCCAAUAUUUUGCAAAUUGUUGUUUCACCCGUUGCUGCAGGUUUGCUUCUUAACAGGUUUUUGCCAAAAAUUUCUAGUGCCAUUCGACCUUUUUUGCCCCCUUUAUCAGUUGUAGUGACAUCACUGUGUGUUGGAGCUCCUCUUGCUAUUAACAUAAACUCUGUUUUAUCGGCUUUUGGGAUAUCAGUUUUGUUGGUUGUUAUUGCACUUCAUUUAUCAGCAUUUGUCCUUGGAUACACAUUUACUGGCAUUGCUUUCCACAAUUCACCAGAUGUCAAACCACUUCAAAGAACUCUAUCUUAUGAAACAGGUAUGCAAAGUAGUCUAUUGGCCCUUGCACUAGCAAAUAAAUUCUUUCAAGAUCCACUCGUGGGAGUGCCUCCAGCAAUAUCCGUAGGUUGUAAUUAUGUCACUAAUGGGGUUCUCUCUUGUGAUGAUUUGGGGUAAGAAGAAGAAGGUGUAAUCUUUAUGAGUUUAACUCAUAUAAAGACUUUAAGUUUUGUUUGGUCGAAUGGAAUUAAUGACCAAAGGAAUGGAAUAGAAGGAAUGGAAUGGAAUGAGUCAGUGGAUUCCAUGAUCAUUUAGUUGAUUGUAGGAAUGGAAUGAAUUUUCACAUGAAUGGUGAUUGGUGAUUUCAAUCUAUUUGACAAUAAACAAAACUUUUGUUUUUCUA